GGCCCCGCCCCGCAGCGCCCGCGGCUCCUUGGGGCCUGUAGUCCCCGCGCGCCUCCCUCUGCCGCCGCGCCUGGCAGAGGCGAACUACCACUCCCAGGGUUCGUCCGGGCCCCGCGGGAAUGCGCAGGCGCAGUGCUCGCCUCCGCCUUUCCGGCUGCUUGUUUGUUGUUCUGGCGAAGGAAGGAGGCGGCGGCGGCGGCGGCGGCCGUGACAGCAGCAGCAGCGGGAGCAGCCCGGCCCGAGCGCGGCUCACAUUCCCCGGCCUCUGCCCCUCCUGAGCUCCUCGCCCUCAGGGGGCCGGGCUCGCUCAGGUAGGCCCGGCCGGGAAGGUCUCCUCGCCAUCGGGCACCUGCGCCCUUUGCCCAGCCAGGCCCCCGAGAGGCCUCGGGAGGGGGCGGGCAGGUCUACUCGGGAGGAAGCGGGCUUCGGAAGGCUGCCUCCCCGCGAGGCGCCGGGGAAACGCUUCCUGCUGCAGGCCUCGCUGUCUUCGGCCGGCCGAGGGACAAGCCGCACUUUGCAGUUCAGGGGUUUCCAAACAUAGCUGUCAACUUUCAGAUUUGAAAAUAAGGGAUCAGCAGCCUCACCUGUCCCGGGGACAGUCUAACACUCCGGGAUAGCAGCGGGAAGCGGCGCUGGAAUAACGGAAUUUCCCGCAAAAAAAGGGAAGGUUGACAGCUAUGUUUCCAAAGCAGAAGCGCCUCUGGAUUAGUGGCUGGUUGGCCCUUCACUGAACUGGAACUUUUGAGAAUAGCACAGAGUCGCACAAUUAUUUCGCUCCCUGAGUGCAACUACUCCGAAGCCUCCCCUUGGCGCAGGUGGAGGUGGGUGACAACUUGGCUCCUUCAGGGGAAGGCGAGGCUGCAGCAGCAUCCCCUGCCUGUCCUCCUCUCAGCUGCUGCAGGGGGCUCUUGGGAUUCCCAGGCUGGCCCCGGAGAGUGUUUUGCUCUGUGACAGCUGACUCAGGAGAGGCGCUGCUGGUUCUUGACCAGUGCCUGGAUGCAGUAGUGGGCUGGGUGAAUCUUGACAAGGCAGUUGCUGUGGGAAUUGGUUGCCUGCCCAAUGGAGUUGAAUUGCCCCUUAAGGAGCACAUGUGUCAUCUAGGGGGACUCUUAGAUCCAGCGUUGGUGAUGGAGGCUCAUGUUGCUUCCAUGGCUAGGAGUGCCUAUAGGCCAGCCAUUCCUGUGGUCCAUGCAUUGGUCUUAUCAGAUUAGUUUGUUUACGGCCAUGUGCUUUAUUUGGGGCUGUAUUUGGGCUUUGUUUGGAAAGUGAAGCUGGUGCAGAAUGCAGCAACAAAGUUGGUGAGUGGGGUAGCUAGCUGCAAAUGUAUAGCAGUUCUAAAGGAAGAGCACUGGAGGCCAGUUAACUACUGAGUCAGGUUCAAGACAUGUGUGUUGGCUUAGGACCUAGGUAUUUUCUGAGCCCUUCCCUCACAGAUUUAGCUGACACCAACCCUGAUAAAUUUCAGGCAAUUUAGUCAAGACAUUUUUAUUUUCUUUGGCAUUUGGUUAGUUGAUUGAAGGAGAUGUUGCAGUUCUGUGACAUCAUUUUGAUUUAUUGUUAUGGUUUGGGUUGGGGUUUUUUUUAGAUUGCUGUAUCAUUUAAUGUUGUAUCUUGCUUUAGGAUUGAUUUUAAUGAAGAUCAAGCACCUAAAUGAAAUAAGUAGCACACUUGUAACUAGAUGUACUUUGAUGGGAAGCUAACAUUCCUCAUGACCUCUGGUCAGAGGGUGUGAUGGACAACAUGGGGAAAUUAGUUUCUUUCUUCCUAGGAGAAAGCCCCAAAACAGAAUCCUAAUCAGCGAAUAGCCCUGCCAUAUUUUAGACAUUUCCCCAUUAAUUUAAAAGAUUUUUCUAAAAAUUGCCAGAGGUGACUGCCUGAAUCACUAUUAAAACAAUGCAACAAUUUAAAAGCUAAACUGUAAGGAGUAUAAAACAGUAAGAUAAAUCAUUACCUAUACAAACUAGAGUGUUCCUUGAUGGGGUGUAAUUAUAGCAUCCCUGCAAAUCAGUUUCUGGAAGCUGCUAGCCCACCUACCCACAAAUUCAUGUGUUAAGAUAUUUGUGUUUUAGAAGGGAACGACUUUCACGCCUGGUUACCUGGAAUAACUUCUCCCUUGCUGCUAAGGCAGUAGCUAAUCAAGUGGCUUUAGAAGUACAAGUUGUACAAAUAAAAAAAAUACAGAGCGAUCAAUAGCAGCCAUUUUAUGCAAGAUUGAUAAUCAGUUAAGAUCCUUUAACGUUAAAAAGACAUAAUGGCUCUGCUUGUUGACUUGCUGUCUGUUUUAAUACUCUGCACAAGAAUGACUAUUCCACCUGACUUGGUUGCCCUGGGACUACUUUGCGUCUGUUUCCAUAGGUAUAAGACAAGUCCCUUAGAAGUGGAGGAAGGGGCAGGACAAUGCCAAUCUCUUCCUGCAGAGUGAUGCCACUAGUGCUGAGCUCCCUGUUCUGCCUUCUAAGUGGGGAGGUGGACAGAAACCCGCCAUAAGCCCUGAAACAGAGAGGGGCUGAGCUGACUUGGGAUUUGUUGGUUCCCAAGUCGACCCUACUGAUUUGCUUCUACUUUCUGUCCUAGGUGACAAGAGUGGGCAGGCUGUGGGUGUGGUGGUGGCCCUGUCACUUUUGUUAAGCUCUGCUCCUGCCCAGCUGAGGUUUGGUUUGCAGCUGUAUCCGGGAGUAGGCAAACACAGGGGAGGUCAGCAUGCAUAGGGUUGGGCUGCCCCCAUUUUAAACUCCGGAGCUGAGGGAUGGCAGAAAAACCUGUUAUGUGAAGUAAGGCUUUCAGCAGAUUUCAUUAGCACUGGGCUGUGGUUGGAGUUUGAAAGAGCUAAUAUUCUGCCUGUAUCCAAGAAAGAUCAAAUUGCUGAAGGUAGUGGAGCUGUUAGGUUAUUUUCAGUGGCAGAUAAGGCUUAGAAUAAUAAAUGUUAAAGUGGAUGUUCGGAUAGGUUCACUGUGGGUGGAAUAAAAGAUCAGUGCGUUUCUGGAGAAAGGGAAUGUACUACACUCAGUCCCAUGGAAUUUCAACUUCUACUCUUUGAAAACCCAUUCCAUAUAGAGUUGUCUGCAACAAGCUCUCCUGUCAAGGAUGAACUCUCCAUCUGCACCAGGGGCUAGCAAGGAACUCUUUGGCCAAGUCCUUGCAAACUCCAAACUGGAGAGUCUCCACUGUGCAGGGCAUAGACAGUUAUGAGAAAUGAGCUGCCCCUCAGGUAGCUGGCCCAGCAUUGCUGACCUCCAGGUUCCUGGGAGCACAAGUUUAAAACCACUGCUCUAGUCAGCUUAGAUUUUAGCAAAGCGUUUGCUGAUAACUAUUAAUUAAACAGGAAAAAGAUACUGGUGAAAAGACAGAAAAGCUGCAGAGUUUGUGGCUAGAUGCUGUGAAUACAGGAAAGCAUGCCACUCGCUGAGAGCAGAAUUGGGCACCCUGAGCACAUCAGCUGCAUUUGUCAAAAGAAAGGAGGUGCCUUCCAACCCGUCUGGCUAGUGUGUGGCCAAAGACCCAAGGAAGUGAAUUGCUUGGCUGGAUGGGAAAGAAGUAGCUAGCCAAGUUUUUCCGGGAUCAGUCUAGGAGCCUGUUUUAGUCAGUAUUUUUCCUUCGAAGAAAAGGGGGAGGAGUGUCCCUCUGAUAUUUGCAUGUACCUAGCAAAGAAGUGUAGUUAAUACAGACAAGGCAUUGUUCCUUAGGGAAUGUUACAGAGCAAACUGGGUGAUCUUCUGAACUACCAAGUGACAUUCAGCUGUGUCUAGCAUCAGGUUAUGUGUUUGUGGGCAAACAGUGACUGUUUUUACUACUGCUUGCAAAAUAGCAAAGGAGGGAAAUGUGCUUGAGUACUAGUUCAUCACAAAACAUCUGGGAGCUGCUCAGACGUGACAAGGCAAAGUUUUGGAUAUAUCAAGUGAGGCAUUUCUAGUUAAGUUAAUGAAAUAUUGGCUCCCUUCUACGAGCUAUUGAUGAAGCAGUAGUUCCCCACCCUACCCCUUUCAGAAAGGGUGAAUUGAAGCUUCAGCAAAUGGAGAGAAGAUCAGUUAAUGAUCAGAGGAAUCGAGAAUUUCUCUUCAGAGUCUUAAGGAGGUGAUACAGCAACAUUCACAUCUUUCUCUCAAGUAGGAUAAGGCAAUCAGUGGCUACCAGUCAUGAUGGUUGUGGACCACAUUUUUGGAGACCGUUUCUGGAUCAUCACUGGGGAGACUGCCGUUGUGUUUAUGUGGAAUUCCCAUAAUGUGCAUCUGAUUUGCCAUUGUGAGAACAGGACGGGCCUUUGGCCCUUCUUACAUACUUAGAAAGGCAAGCAGAGAGAGGCAGUAUGUCUGUGUUUGGUACUGGAAAAGGAAGAGGCAAAGGUUCAGCUGGCCCUCUUGCAGUCUGCCCUUCUUCCCUAGUUAAAUUUUGCCUCAUGUUCAGCAUAUGGUAGGUGGCCAUAUUUAGAAAGAGUUUUCUCUUUGAGUUAGAUCAGAGAUGGCCCUAGAGACUCUUAGGCCACUUGCCUGCCUUCCUUCCAGCUAUGGGGAGUGUCUUCAAUGUGGGCAUGUUUGUGCAGUGCCCCUGCAUUGUCCACAUGGCUUGGAUUGGGUCAGGUGAAUAUGGACAAGAAAUUAAGGUUGGAUUAAAUCACCUUUGCUCCCCACUCUGUGAUCCCUCGAAUGCCAUGGACUGGCUCUUUCUAGAUUCUGUUUGCAGUGGUGAAGUUUGAAAUGUAUUUGAACAGAGAUCCCCAUUUAGAGUCAAGUUGGCUAAUCCUUUCAGGUGCUACAUUUGUACUGUUCUUUGUUUUUGUUUUUUGCUUUCAGCAUCUGUCAAAAUGUCUGAAAACUCCAGUGACAGUGAUUCAUCUUGUGGCUGGACGGUCAUCAAUCAUGAGGUACUCUAUGGCGGUGUAUUUUAAGUGGGGCUGGUGGUGAUUUGCCCUUAGACAUUUCAAGCUCAUCCUACAAAUUUCCUUCAAUAGCUGUUACUUUGGACUCAAUGAAGGACGAGUCCCCUAUGCAUUUUUCUGCAGUUUUCAGCUAAGACACCAAGAAAUGAGUUGAUUUCUAUAGGACACUUAGUUGAAUCAAGCAAACCUCACAACAGAGCCCAGUAGCAGGGAAGAGCACUGAUGAAGUCAAUCCCAUUAUCUUAGACAGGGCAAAGGAGAAGUCUAGAUACUUCCAUAACCUCAGGGCCACUGCAGCAAAAUUAGAUAAAUGAGAGCAGUCAGGAUUUGAGUUUGAUCUAAACUUGAAUGUGCUUUAGUAGAUUAUGCUCCACUGGCUUAAGGUUUCCUGAUAACCUUGAAGUAAUUUCCUGUAUGACUUAAAGCCCCCUGAAGAUAAUCUGAGAGAGAUGCAUGUCUGAGACCCUGGAAAAGUGCUGCUAUUCAGAGUAGCCAAGGCAUUGAGCUGGAUGGACUGAGAGAUGCAGUGUGCAGCCCUUUGGGCUCACAGGAGCCUUUAGCCAUUUAUUUUGUUUGUUAGCUAUCACCAGGUGAGCACCUCUAGUUUCACUUGAGAGCUCCUCCUUUUCUUUUUCAUUUAGGGCUCUGAUGUUGAGGCUGUGGCAUCUGAAUAUGAAGCUUUAAGUGGUCAUGUGGAGCCGGCCUUGGAUGAAUCUCUAUCUCUCGCACAAGGUGAUGAUGGGCAAGAGCAGCCCAUCGACUUGCAAGGUAAGCCUUAGGCCACAACUAUGCCACCUGCAACCCCGUGUACAGUGACGACUCGACUGCUUCGGUUGUGAGCUUGGGAACACUUGCGGAACUUGAAGAUGAAUCUGAUAACCAGGACAUGUCAGUAAGGGCAAGUGAGCAUGGGGAGCUGCCUUAUACAGAGACAGCAGGCCAUUGUACAGCCCAGUAUAAUGACUGGAAGGUUUCAAACAGGAGACUUUUCCCAGCCCUACUUGGAGGUGCUGCCUGGGAUUAAAUCUGUAACCUGCGUGCAAAGCAGAUGCUCAGUCAUUAACUAACAGCAAACAUAGGAGCUGGGGCAAAAUGACCUUGGAUUGUGCCAUUGUUAAUACAGGUAUAGUCACGUCUUUCAUCCAGGGAGCUCAAAGUGGCAUACCUGGUUCUCCCUCUCUGCAUUUUAUCCUCACAACAACCCUGUGAGGCAGGUUACGCUGGGAGUCUGUGACUGGCACAAGGUCACCCAGUAAGCUUCGUGGCUGCAUGGGGAUUUGAACCCUGGUUUUCCAGAGCCUAGUUUGGCACACUGACCAGUACACCACACUGUAUCUCUUAACAAAAAGCUAGUUAAGGCUGAGGAGGGCAUGUAGAGAUACACUGGAGGGACAAACUGUUAUAGAGAAUGGAGAUGCAUUUGCCAUAAGAAGGUGUGAUGGCGCAGAGAGCCAGUGCUGUGAGGGAGCAAGCAGACCGAGCCACUUCAACACUCUGAUGGUCCUCUGUGCUCUCACCAGGUGUGUUUUUUCCCCCCCCGCCUGCCUCCACUGAUCAGCCCUAUCACCUCUGUAAUGUCUUUGCUGUCCCAGUGAACUCACUGUACAGUGGUAACUUGGGUUACAGACACUUCAGGUUACAGACUCCGCAAACCCAGAAAUAGUACCUCGGGUUAAGAACUUUGCUUCAGGAUGAGAACAGAAAUCGUGCAGUGGCUGCGUGGUGGCAGCAGGAGGCUCCAUUAGCUAAAGUGGUGCUUCAGGUUAAGAACAGUUUCAGGUUAAGAACGGACCUCCGGAACGAAUUAAGUUCUUAACCCGAGGUACCACUGUACUGGCUGGGGGGGAGUGGGGGAGGCAUUUAGGUGUAAAGUGACAGCCAGGGCAUCCGACCAAAAUUAAACCAAAACAAAUUUACAUUUUACUAAACGCUAUUUAGGAGGAACUCUCCAGAUUUUAAAUCAGUUCAGUAGUUAACUCCAAAAGCAAUUGGGAUGUAAAAAGGACAUGGAAAAUGCAUCCAUCUCAAUCUCGCCUAGGUUGCUUUUCUACUAAAGCAAAAGCCUUGCACUUGCAGGAGCAGUAGACUCACAUGGACUCACUCUGAACUGAGUAAUGCUACACUUUUCAAAUUGGAUGGAAGCUGGCUUGUGGGGUGUGUCCAAAUGAUGCGUGAUUGGCAACGUUGUGGGUCCUUUUGGACCUAGAGGAUUGUGGGGCAGGACCACCUGUACAUUAAACUGCAGUAUUUCACAUAAAACAGCAGUAUAUCUUUGGAUCCCAGACAAUGUAGGUACAUGGAUUUGAAACCAGCUGUGGGAGCACACUGUGUACUGUGGACACAGCUUACUUCUAAUUUAGUCCCCUUCCUCCUUCCUUCUGAGUACAGUGGUACCUCAGGUUACAGACGCUUCAGGUUACAGACUCCGCUAACCCAGAAAUUGUACCUCGGGUUAAGAACUUUGCUUCAGGAUGAGAACAGAAAUUGUGCUCUGGUGGCGCGGUGGCAGUGGGAGGCCCUAUUAGCUAAAGUGGUACCUCAGGUUAAGAACAGUUUCAAAUUAAGAACGGACCUCCAGAAUGAAUUAAGUUCUUAACCUGAGGUACCACUGUACUACUAGGGGAACAUGGAGGAGGGAGGAGGAGUAGGAAGAAGAAGCUGACCGCCAGGGCUUUCAUUGGACUAGCUAUUAGUAGAGUGGUGGGCAGGAGGGGGCUGGCUUAUGGCAAUCUGAGGUUGGUAGGGCAAUACCCCAUUUGUUCUUGUGAACUAGCAUCCAUGGGCUCUCAGACCAGCCUUUUCUGAUUUAUAGCUCUCUUUAUCUUCAAAACUCCUCAGCCAUCCUCCUCUCCUCCGCUUGCCAGCUUCACUUGCAUACCAUGUUCUCAUUCUCCACUCCCAUCACUGCUAUCUGGAUGACAUAAAGGUUUGAUGGGGGGAGUGGAGUUUUGCAAAGUUUCUUUUUCGCCCAGUGUUCUCCACCCCAUUUCAGUUUCCUGGCCUGACCUUUUCUACCUUCUGGCAAGAAUUGCCUCUAAGCAUAAAGGAGCAGUUUUGCAACCAAGACAAACACAAGGCAGCCAAGAGUCUCCUUGUAACUGUUCGCAGCACAGGAGUGUGGAAUAAACUCCCUGCCAUUGUUCUGGAAGCAAACCCAGGGAAGGUUUUGUUUCUUUGUUUAAGGAAGAAUUUGCAAUGCUUACAGAAUGGAUACAGUACCUAAUUUGUCUACAGGGUGUUGUCUGUCUUCCUUCCUUCCUUCCUUCCUUCCUUCCUUCCUUCCUGCCUUCUCUCUCUCUCUCUCUCAGAUAAUUGUAGUACUUGCCUGUUUAUCUUAUAUGUGCUCAACUUCUAUUUUUGUAGCUGAAUUUGGCCAAGGUGAUGUGUCAUCCAUGAUAGUUCAAAGUCAUUCUACCUCAGAGGCCACCAAGCCAGUUCCGGAGGUAAGUUGUAGUUCUAUGAAGCACACAAGUGUAAGAAACAAUGGAGCCCCACUAACCCCUGCUGGCCAAACAUGAUAGAGGGAAAUAUUCACCUUAGGGUUUGCUGCUAACUUGCAAGCCCAGCACCUGCUGCUGACUCUUUUGGACUAGUUUGAUGGGAACUUGAGUCCCAGGCAAGGGCAUGUAACCCUCAGGUAGUUUUUUAGAAAAACAGCUUCCUUAUAUUACAUCAUAAUGACUUAGUAAAAGUUUGUUGCAUUAGAGUUAGUUAUUUAUUUAUUGAACCCAUAUGCUGCUUUUCUAGAAUAGUUUUUCUCAAAAGCAGUUUACAAAAAAUAUUUUAUCAUAUUAAAGGAGGGAUGCAGAAGGACUUCCAAGAGGGACUUGGAAGACAAUAUAGAUUCCACAGGUGAGAAAAAUGCUUUAUCCUGUGUGACACCUGUCAUUUUACAUUACAUCUAAGGAUGAAAAAGAGAAAGUGACAGAUGAAAGCUCCUGCGUGGGGGCAAUUAGCGAUGACUCUGACAUUGUGACACUCGAGACACCGAAAGUAGAAGAAAUUGGAAGCCCAGAAGAAGAAGAAGAAGCUGUGCCUGCUGAUGAGGCCGUUCCUGCCCCUGAAGAUUUUAACAUGGGCUCCUCUUCGAGUAGCCAGUACACCUUCUGCCAGCCAGAAACAGGUAGGUGACGUCUCUUGCACCUUGUAGGCCAGACUUGGCCAGAAAAAGAGGCCGCAGGUAGUGCCAUGCUCUGCAGGCUUCACGAAUCAACUGACCACCUUUCCUGCUGCCAGUCAGGUUAAGGAAAUAAGUUUCAGGAGCAGCCCAUGAAUGUGUCAGCAGUGACUUGAGCAGCCUCACUUUUAUUCCUCAAACUGUGGUAUCAUAUAUGGCCUUUCUCUUAAAAGAAACUGAUUUUGCACCAUACUGAUGGAUCAAGUGAUUAAUUCUUGGCACAGUCCAUUUAAUUCAGUUAACAGUAUGGGAGAUCAUGAUACCACUUGCAAGAGACAGAUAACAUGGGAGCCAAAGAAAGCUCAUUCCUAGCUAAGCUUUCCCUCCAGCUUCCAUUCAUAUGUGCUGGUGUUGUUCCUUCUUUAAAAAACAAACAAACAAACAAACAAACAAACAAACAAACAAACUGUUGGUUUGGUACCAGGAGUGUCUGCUGAAGUGGUUGAUGGCCUUUAAAGCUGCAUGAAGUCUUAGGGAAGAAAAUCUCUUUCCAAACCACACCUAACCUACACAGGGAAAAAACAAAGCAGAAAAAGUGCCCUGGCAAAGCCCUGCAUGAUUUCUGUUAGGGGGAAAAGAUCUUUAAAUAAUGGAGGCUGUUUAGUUUCACCUUGGCCUGGAUGUGAGGUUAGGCUCUUUUCAAGCGUUAAUACUUUGCCUGUUCAGCCUUUUCUAAGCAAAUUUGCUAUCUGGCCUCUAUCACCUCUUCAAGCCCCGUGCCUUUUCUAAUCACUGCAAAUUUAGAAAUGAGAUGCUAGAAUUGCCUGCCUGUUCAUCAGAUGCAGUUGGCUGAUCUUAUUCCCAAGGGAUGUUGGGAUUCCCAGGACUGAAGUCUCGUUAGGUAAGCCACCCUCCCCCAACAUGGUGCCCUUCAUAUGUUUGGGAUGCUGCUACCGUCAGCCCCAGCACCAUAUGGGGCUGCUGGAAUGUUAGGAGAUGUACUUCAAACAUCUGUAUGGCACCAAGUUGGGGUGCUGCAAGGGAAAUGCUUUCACCCAGCAAGGUAGUUUUGCCUGUGUGACUUUCUCUUCUGAGACUUCCCCAGCAGCCAUCUAAACAUUAACAGAAUGUGCUUGACAAUCUUAAAGUGUUCAUAAUUCUGUUUCCCAAGCUCCUGCCAUGUGUUUCUAUUUAAAAUCUACCCAGAAGCAGUUUGUACAGGGGCAUGUCAGAGACUGGAGUGAGUGUGUGCACAUUGUAGGGUCUUCAGAGUCAGGGUCUCAAAAUCUUGAGUCUGGGAGAGUCUGGGCCUAGGGACCACCCCCAGCUGCUGACAGGACAGCUGCUCUUGGGGCCAGGGGUUUCUGUACCAGAAAAGAAGCCUCGGAAACCCUAAUGUCUAAUUUGCUUUUGGUGAUCCAAGUGUCAUGUACCUAUGCUUUCCAUCUGCUCCCAACCUAGCCAAAUUGCUUUGUGGUCCUGUGUUGCAUUUUCCUUUUAGUCAGCGGUUAAAAUCUCUUCUUUCUGUUAUAUAUAUACAUACAAAAGCCAGUUGGCUGGAGAAGCUCCGGAAGAUCCCAGAGUGUAUCAGUGGAUGGGGUGAGCAGCUAAAGCAGCAAAUGGCCAGCAAGGUCCCUUUCCAAGGUGGCCCAACUGCUUGUGCCUGGUGUGAGCUGUGGCUUGUGGUGUGGCAUCUUGUCUGCUUGUGUGGUGGGGACAGCAGUUUCAGGAGCUAGCUCAAGUUGUUGCUUGCUGAUGGCAGGGUCAGGAAAAGCAAAGACAAAUGUGGAGGAGGCAGGGCAAGGGAGGAAACAGUAGAGGGGGAAUCCAUUUGGCUUAUUUUGGGAAGCCCCCUGCAUUUUGAAUCUGGGAAGCUCUGCUCCAGGGACAACUGUAAGAACAAGCCUAUACCCCCUAACUCAACUAAAAUGUGUGCCAUUAAAUGCAAUAAUCUAUUACAGUAUUUAUAGAUUAAUCUAGUGCGUCAGGUUGUUCCUCUUCUUUUUGGCUUGCUCUUGGCAUUCUGCUUUGCAUCACUGGCCUGUUGGUGAUGUGCUUGAAUGUUGAGUGAACUGUCUGCCUUAGAACUGGCAGGUAUCUUAAACUUGUAAGUUACUAGGGGGAAAGCCCUUUGGGUUGUCAGCAGGGAGGAGGGCUAUUUCUGGUCCUUCAGCCGCAGUAACCCCUUCCAUUUCCUCCAUGGCCACCUGAAUGUCCAUCCUGUCACUGGUUUCUCAUAGUGGGUGCCCCCCCCCCAUGAUCUGAGGCCAUGUGGCCUUGGCAUGAGCCAAUCUUUACCUUACAAUCCUGUUUGGACAGAUGUGUGCAUUUGCGUUGGGGCAUGUAUGAUGUUUUCAGUUGCAAUGUAGAUGGAAUGGAUAAAAAGGCCAUUUAGGCAGGCCCCCCUACUUCUAAAAAUGCACGCACACCCUUCCUCCCAGGACUCAACCCACAUGAUCCAGCUGUUAAUCUACUGAUCACUGCAAGAAGGAACCUACAGUGAAGCCAAGUUCUUGGUUACUUGAGCACAACAACUGAGCCCCACACUGCUGGCAAAGCAGAGCCCCAGGGGUGGAUGGGGGCAAGAAGAUUCCUCCUGGUUCUGGGUUUCUGCUUUUUCAGAAACCCCAAAGCCAAGUUUUGUCAGAAUUUUAAAGACCCCAACACCUUUAAGAAAUAUAAUGGUAUUUCUAUAAAUAUUUUCUCGCCUCUCUGAGAGGGAACAAGGAUGUCAUUCUCUGUACACAGCUGUGGGAAAGAAGAGGGUUUGCUCAGAACUAGCAGUCUGUGGGUGAGGACAUGGCUGAAGGGGAAGCUCCUGCCCUGCCACAAGGGACACACCUUAGCAGGCUCCAAUCUUCUCCUAGGAUGGAGAGAACAAUAUUCCAUGUGUCAGGAUAGAAGGCUGCACAUUCCUUGCUGACAGCAUAAAGGAUUGUGGGUUUGCUUUUCAGUCUUUCUGCCUCGUCCCAGUGGCGAAGAAUCAAGCAGCGACGAAACCAGCAAUCGUUCCAGCCCCACCCUGAGGCGACGACGUGCGAAGAAGAAGUUGGUCUCAAGUUCUGAAUCAGAGGAUGUGCCACCUCUCGAACAGGAGACUGAACAGGCCAAAGAGCAUUCGCACAAACAUCAGUUCAGUAGUGGCCUUAACAGGUGCAUUAUCCUGGCAUUGGUGAUUGCAGUCAGCAUGGGCUUCGGGCAUUUUUAUGGUGAGUACAUGAAUCCUCUUCAUUGAACUAAUAAGAAAUACGUUUUUAAACCAGUGGCAUUUCCUCACAGGGUGCCGUAAAGACCAGAUCCUUACUUGCCCUAUCCCCUGCAGGCCAAAUUUGAGAAGUGGGCAGCCCCACACACCUGACAUCGCAAUGAUUGUCAGGACUUCAAAGCAGUUAAGAGAGUUGUCGGCAUGUGGAACUUAGUUUGAGGACAUUUACCAUAUUUUUCGCCCUAUAGGAUGCACUUUUUCCCCUCCAAAAAUGAAGGGGAAAUGUGUGUGCAUCCUAUGGGGCGAAUGCAGGCUUUCGCUGAAGCCUGGAGAGUGAGAGGGGUUGGUGCGCACCGACCCCUCUCGCUCUCCAGGCUUCAGGAAGCUAGCCGUGGGAGCCCGCGGGAGUUCCCACCAGGCUCCCUAGGCUUGCGGAUAGCAGCCUGCAUCCCGAAGCCUGUGGCGUGCUGAGAAGCGCCCGGGCUUCAGGCAGAUAUCUGCAAGCCUGGGGAGCCUGCAGGAGUUCCCGCCGGGCUCCCAAGGCUUGCGGAUAGCAGCCUGUUCUGGGGUCGGGGGAAGCUCGGGCUUCCCCUGCCCCAGCCCCACGCCUGGGGGGGAAAUAUAUAUUUUUUCUUUAUCCCCCCCCCCCCAAAACUAGGUGCGCCCUAUGGGCCAGUGCGCCCUAUAGGGCGAAAAAUAUGGUACAUUCACAUCUUAUCAAGCAAAAAUCCCUACUUGGACUUGCAAGUGCCCAGGUUGUGCCUUCAGGCCAGUCGCCUAACUUGCAGGGUCCUUGUGGGGAAAUUCUCUUGCACAUUGUCCUCAGCUGCUGGGUGGGAAAGUGGGAUAUAACAGAGACUGACAAUAUAGAUGAAAAGUGAUGUGAUUCUUACAGCUGGAGUGUGUGUGUGCAUGUUCUCCCUGCCUCCCUGUCUGCAAGCUGAGGGAGACGUCUCAGUUAACUGAGGCUCCUAGGCAGGAUGGAUGACUUGUGAUUUGGCCCAUUCCACUGACACACUCUUGCUUUGUGUGUGUGUGAGUUUGAAAUUUAGUUAUAAAAUCCAGUCACUGAUCCCCUGCCUGUGUUUUGUGGUUUCUGCUGUUUAUCCCAACCAUAGUAACCAGUCAUCUAAAAUAGAAAAAGUCCUGUGUGCAAAACUCCUUUAGUUGAUGACCCAGAUUCCUGAUGUUCUGUUCUAGUAAUACCAUUUUUAAUGGUGUGUAAAAAGAGACUAAAGAUUCUUGACUGAGUUAUAAAGCAUUUAGUAGAACAACCUUGGAGCAAAACUUAACACCUAUCCAUUAUUUUGUCCUCAGGGAAAUAUGAAGGUAAGAGGCUUGGUUGGAAUGUGUUGCUGUGAAACAGAGGCCAACGGCCUUUUCUCUCACCUUCUCACUCUGACAUGCUUUUUGACUGUGGAUGCUCUAGCACAGGGGUAGGCAACCUAAGGCCCGUGGGCCGGAUGCGGCCCAAUCACCAUCUCUGGGUUAUUUCUGUUGCACAGAAAUUCGUUCAUUUCCCCCCCAAAAUAUAGUCCAGCCACCACAUGGUGGUGGACUGGCCCACGGCUGAAAAAGGUUGCUGACCCCUGCUCUAGCAGAUUAACCUUGUUUUCCACUGGGGGCCAUCAUUGCAGGCUCUUGGACUUGGGCUAUUCAGUCCAGCUCCUACAUUGGGAAACAUUUUUUCAUGACUUUCUGGUUCUUUGGUGGUAGCAUGCACAUUUUGAUGUCAACACUGGAAUUCCUGGAUGGGAAGUGUUUGUGUGCUGCUUGUAUAGGAGAAUCAAAUUAGCCUUUUGCUUCUUGAGAAGGUAAAUGUGUCUGCUGGGCCAGUAGUUUGUGCUCAGGCACUUAACAAAAAAUUUCUACGGGCUUGUGUGGAUUCCAAGCAUCCUGUUGCUGCCACCCCUUGUACCUUUUCCAUGAUGCUUAAGGCCAGGGUCCUUCCCCCUCCUGGGUGGACCUGCCCUUCAUUGUUUGCAGUUGGUUUGUGCUCAGAAGACAGGACUUUGAAGCAGCCUCCUCUGCUCUCCUCCUUAGUCACUAACACAGGCCUGGGGAGGAUUUGUGGUCCUCUGGCUGAUUCCAACCACUGGCAUGCUGGCUCUUGGUGUUCAGCAACAUCUAGAGGGCACCAGCUUCCCUUGCCCUGCUCUCAUGUCACUGAGUGAGAAUUUGUGACAUGAUAUUGCAUGAUAUAGAUUUGCAUGUAGUUGUUUUCAUGUUAUUUGUACUGAUCGUAGUACUUCAUACAUUUCACCUUCUCAGAGAGGAAUGUAUGUUACAGGCUUUCUUUGUCCAAAUUGAUGCUGCUAUUGUAAUAGAUGUUCUAAGGAGGCCUGACCUGGAUUUGCCCCUCUGAUUUUGCUGUUUUGAUAAUACAGGUUGAUGUGCAGCUGUGCACAGGGAUACACUGGGGCUUUGUGAGUGUUCUGAGCCCCAUCAGUCUGUUCAUUUAAUGAUGGAUCAGUGUCUUUGCCACUGAGCUUAGCUUGCUUUCAUCAGCAUAGCGUUCAUGCCUUAUUUUGUUAAUGCAAAAGUCUAGCAUAGCUGUUGCAAACAAUUAAAAAGGUGACCGUUUUAAACUACACUGUUCACUGAUUAAUGUACUUAUGAAGGACUGAAGAGAAAAAAGCCAUCAUCACUGAUAAGCUGCCUAAUUUCCAAUUUUUCUUGUCAGAUAAAAGAGAAAAUUUUCUGUUUCAAGGUACUGUUCAGAUCCAAAAACGCCAGCAAUUGGUUGAGAAAACUCAUGAAGACGAACUGAAUGGUAUAAAGGAUAAUCUUAUUCAGUGCCAACAAGAACAAGGCAUGAAAGCAGAAUGUAAGGUAAAGGUGGCUUUCCCAUCAUACUUGAAAGCGAGGAUGCUAUUUUGCCUUUGGCUUGCAAACUCCACCUCCAUUGGGAAACUCUGCUGUCAUUACUAUUGCAAGUGUUGGAAGCUGUCUUCUAGAUGAAGGCAUGGCAAAAUCCAUUCUUGGCAUAGCAGAUAAUUUUGAACUGGUUCAGUGUCAACCACAGAGGGUAGGAGAAGAUGCCAUUGUAUCUGCAUCUUGAAGCUUUUAGAGUGGGUCAGCAAAUUAUUCUGUAGCAAGGGCUAGGUAGUCCCAAUUGCCACUGUCCUUGCCUUGAGCGCUUUCUUCCCGGAAGCAUAUUCAGCCUCAGCUUCCUCUGUGCUUGGCCCAUGCAGGCUCCAUGGCUCCCCUCCUCCUUCUGGAGCUGCAGCCACGCACCUUGCUGUGGACAGCUGGCCCCUAAACACACCACUCCCAGGCAGCGUUUGCGAGGUUUUCUAUCAAAAGUGGAGGAGACUCUGCAGGCUUUGUGGGGGAAUGUACAACUCUGCACGGCCUGUUCCCCUUGCCCCUAGAGCAAGUGUCACAGAAGCUCCUUACUAGCCCUUCUUAUCCAUCAGUAGGUUGGGUUCUGCUUAGCUGUCCUCCUCCACCCUCCCAAUGUUCUUGCAGCAUUUGGACACUGGCACACAGCAGCUGAUGUGUUUGCUUUCAUUUUGUCUCUGAUCAGUCUCUAAAGGAAGGCCUUGAAACAUGCUUGCAUACAACAGAAGUGGAAAAGAAAUCCUUUGAAUCUCAGAAGCAUCAUCUUGCUUCAGAAAACCAGCACCUGAGAGAAUCUCUAGAGAGGGAGGAAAAAGCUUUGGCAUUGCUGCAAGAAGAACUGAGGAAGCUGAGAGAGCAGAUUCGGCACCUGGAGAACAAAGGUUCUGGCCCAGAGUUGGUUGCCACCGAGAAUCAGAAGCUGAAAGCCCACCUGGAGGAAGAAAGGCACCGCAUGCAGAGUUUUGUGAAGCAAAAGGAGACUCUGUUGGCAGAGGCCCAGAUGCUGCGAAGGGAACUGGACAAAGAGCGCCAGCUGACGGUGGCUCUCAGGGAAGAACUGGACAAGUUAAGUUCUCAGCAGGCGUCUCCUGAGGGGGCGGGUGCUGGCGAUGAGAGCCAAGAAAUAGAAGCUUUGCGGGGAAGGCUGACUGAGCUGGAGCAGAAGCUGAGCUUUGAGCAGCAGCGUUCUGACUUGUGGGAAAAGCUGUAUGUUGAAGUCAAGGACCACGCCGAGAAGAAAGAGCAGACCGAGAGGCCACAGAAGCCAGAUGGGAAGGGAACCAACAAAGCCAAAAAGAAGCCAAAAGGAACAUUUUUUGGUUCUGUGAAAGAAACCUUUGACGCCAUGAAAAAUUCAACCAAGGAAUUUGUAAGGCAUCACAAAGAAAAAAUUAAACAGGCCAAAGAAGCCGUGAAAGAGAACUUGAGGAAAUUCUCCGAUUCUGUGAAGUCCACCUUCAGGCACUUUAAGGACACAACAAAGAAUAUAUUUGAUGAGAAGGAGAAGAAAAAGUACAGUGACAGCAGGCAUGAGGCGAACAGAAAAGGGAAAACAGGCAGCUCCCAGGAAGGGUUACACAAGCAGGCGGCCCACCGCUCACCUGGCAGCCAGAGAGAGUUUAGAGAUGGAAGGCGAUCCAAAGAGAGCCGUUCCCCUCCACACUUCUCCAAGGACCCUCCCUUCCAGGAAUGCCCCAAAGGUAACAGAAAGCACCGCCCUCUUGUUCUCAAGGGAUGUUCAGGCAUCUUUGACUGUGCCCACCAGGAGUUUUUAAACCUCUUCGACAAAGACUUGGACCCGAUUCGGGCAGAUGAAUUUAAUCAAUUAAUGCACAAAUAUUUGCAGCAAGAAGUAAAGAACUUCCACCACUGGCGAGAACUGGAGAUCUUUGUGAAUAGGUUUUUCCGCAAUGGCGUCUUUAUACAUGAUCAGAUGCUGUUCACGGACUUUGUUAAUGACGUUAAGGAUUACCUUGAAGACAUAAAAGAAUACCAGAGGAACAGCGAUGGUGUAUUUGAAGACCUGGAUAAAUAUAUCUACCGAUACUACUUUCAUUAUGAUCACUUGCCUGAGCACGGACCAAGGUUAGUACUAAAAUUCUGCUAAUAAUUUAAACUGGGCAUGUUUGAGUUGUGAAAGAAGGAACGCUUCAGCUGGCUGACCUAGCAGGUUAUUUCCCUGUUUGUUUGAGCUUUGCAGUUGCUGCUGGGCAGACAAAGAAAGCCUCCAUAAAGAGGGGUGAUUAUGCCAUCCUCAGAUAAAGGCACCAGUUCCAUUGUACAUUAAGCACCACAGUACAGAAUUUCUAACGUAGCAAAGUGGCAGCGUGUGUCAAAAGGAACGGAAGGAAUUCCAUUCCACCCACUUGCCGUAUCCACUUUGCUUAUUUUAAAUAACAAAGUUGGUUGUAGCCUUUCAGAGGAGUUAAAACGUUUGGGGCAUUGGGCUUAAGGCCUAAUACUGAGGUGCUCAUGCAGCCCUAACUUCCCUCCUGUACUUUCCUUUCAGCCACCCUGCUAGGCGGGCUCCUUUCACGCACCCUCAUAGUCCACAGCAGGACAGACAUGCUGCAAAGCACCAGCAUCGCUACAAAAGAGAAGGCCGGUGGCACAAGCAAGGGCGCAGCAACGGAAGACACAUGGCAAAUUUGGAGAUAGAAUUGGGCCAGAUGCCCUUUGAUCCAAAGUAUUAAACAGCUGUUGUCCGAUGGAACCCAGCAGGAUGGUAAAAAUAGUGGACGCGUGGCUAUUUCUGCAGCUGGCUGAAUCAGCAGAGCAAUCGAGGGCACGUUUCCCCUUUCCUAAUGACACUCCCUCUCCCCUGCAAAGAUCAGCCCAGCUUCUCCAUCUUUCUCCUUUCCUUUCAGCCUCUUGGGAAACAUUAAUUUGGGUGCAGUCCUACUAUUGCAAUAAAUUAAGCAGGGUAAGCAGUAGCUUGUGUGUGUUUGCAAAAUAAGCUUCUUUGCACUGGUUGGUACUAGAAUUCAUACUUGAUUCAGACUUAAUGUUAGAGUAAUAAUAUGAUGUACUAAUUUCAUCUCAUACGGUUCAGAAGCAUGUCUGUUUUACAACUGUCUAUUUGUUCUUGUGAUGGGGUUGGAACCUGUUGACUUCAUGUGUGUGCUAUUUUCCGAUCAGCUUGCUGACUUGCAUUUGAAAUUUCUUGUGCAUCUGCAAAUUGUAGAAGAAAAAUAAAGAUGUGGUUGGAAAAAGUUACUUUUAUUUUUAUAAGUUUGCAUAGCUAAACAUCCUCAGAGAAGGACUCAAAGCCUUUGUUAAGGCCACUCUUCUGUUAUCUUGUGCAUGCUGUCCAUGCUGAAGUGUGUCUUCUCUACACCCGCAAUGAAAAAUGGUCCAGGCUGCAAUCAGAGUUCCAUUAACUCAGCAAGAUUUACUGCUAAGCGAAGAGGACUGUCCUAUUAACUAUAUCUCAUGUGAAACACAGACCCAUGCGGUGAUCUUUGAACAAGAUAUAGUUACGUUCCUGCAUUUGUUGUCUGGACUGAGACCAUCUUCAAAGGCGCUUUUGAUUUCUUUUGUAGACAUGAAUGGAGCUCCCGAUCCGUCCUUGAGGCAGAUGAGUGUGAAAAAACGUGGCAACUUUUUCAUACCUAUUUGUAACUAGAAAUGAUGAUAUAUCCUAGAAGUAAAAAAUUCAAUAUUCAAGUAACAGGUCUGGACCAAACAUCAGGGUCCAGCAAACAAGAAUUGAGGAAGAACCAUCAUUAUGCUGGCCACAUUCAUUUUUCCACCAUUUAUUUUGAAGAUCGGGGGGAGGGGAGGGGAAGGAGCACUGUAGAAUUGUAUAUUGCUAGGAAGUUAAAUUUUCAACCUAAUUUUGUUGAGUAACUCAUCAGCCACUAACAACUUGUAUUUUCAUAAAAGUGGAAAGAGCACAAAUCCAUCAUCUGUAUUCAUUGCCGUAAAGGUUGCCAACCUUUUUGGACCAGUACACAUUUGUUUUUUUAUUUUGAGACAGUGCAACAGGCACCAGUCACAAAAUGGCUGCCAUAGAGCAGGACUAUAGUUCAUCCCAGAAGAGUGCGUGAACACACACACACAUACACACACGCCAUCGCAGGCACCACCACACUGACUAUCCUUGCUAUGGCCUGACCAGUUCAGGUGCUCUGAAUUUCUCCACAUGGAACACGUUUUGUGGCACCAUUUUCUGAUAGUUUAUUUUCAACGGUAUCACAAGAGGAAAAAUUAGCUGGAUCAAAGAGAACUGUGGACAACCCAAAAUGUGAACCCUUCCUUACAGUGUGGAGUUCACGGGUGGAAGUAACUUCCAAGGUGAGGUGAUGUCUGUUAGCUUUAGUGGCACAGAGGAUGAGAAUGAAGCCUAUCAAUUCAGUCAUGGAAGGAAUAUGAACCCCCAACUUCAGAGGGAGCAAUGAGAGACGCAGACAGUUGGUCUCAUCCAGUAAACUCUUUUAUCUUCUUAAAUACGUGUAUGCUCCUCCCUCCCCAUCCCCUGCUUUCUGGGACCUUUUGGGCUAUGCAGCAUUCAUUUCCCAUCCUCUACCCCAAAGUCCCCGGGUGGGUCACAAUUUCAAAACAACAAUAAAACCAGUUGCUUACACCCUC